CGUUAUUCGCUCCUUCUGGAUAAGGCGUGAUUGGUUGAGACUUUAUAAGCCAGCAUAUAACUUAUUCAUACAGAGACGAGUUUCCCCUUCACUGCACCAAGACGAUAUAAUGAAGGCCACACUAGCACUAUCCGUUCUACUCUGUGUUGUUGCCUGCAUUUAUGCUAAAGGGUAUGGAAAUUACGGUUAUGGUGGUUACCAACAGUUUGCAUAUAGACAGGCUCCAAUAUAUUAUCAAAUACGUCAACAACCAGUUGUCUAUGGGGCACAACCCGUCAGCACCGGAUCUGGAUCUGGAAACCCCUUCGGAGGCGGAGGGUACGGGGGGUACGGGGGCGGAGUAGGAGUUGGAUCAGAUCUAGGAAUCAUUAUUCCAAUCAUUAUUAUCUUCGUUUUGUUGGCUAUUUUCGCCCCAUUAUUGAUUGCUUCAUUGGCUUCCAGUAACAAUGCUUUCUAUGACUCUCUUGGUAGUAAAUAAAAAAUAACAGCGACAAUAGGAAAAGGGUUUAUGUUGACUGCCUGUAACCAAUAAAAGCAACUCACAACA